CGGGCAACAGACACUCGCCCGUUUGCUUGCAAAAAUGUCGUUAUUUUUUCCCGCCACAUUGUUUUGAACCAACAAACUUAUUAACGAACUGAUGUAGUGAAAUCGAUUUUUAUAAUUCUCUUUAAUUUAUGGAUCUUGAACUCCGAUCUUUAGCUCGCUUACUCCAAUCCCUUAAUACACACAGCUCGAUCCACCAAGGCAAACAGCUCCAUCUUCUUUUUCUCAAAAAGGGUCUCAUAAAUGCAACGGUGUCACUAGCAAAUCGCCUUCUACAGAUGUACGCCAGAUGCGGUGGGACUAUGACAGAUGCACAUAACCUGUUCGAUGAAAUGCCUGAAAGAAACUGCUUUUCAUGGAACACCAUGAUAGAAGGCUAUAUGAGGGUUGGAGACAAAGAAAGAUCGUUAAAGCUGUUUGAUUUAAUGCCUCAGAAGAAUGAUUAUUCGUGGAAUGUGGUGAUUUCGGGGUUUGCGAAAGCAGGUGAGUUAGACGUUGCUAAGAAGUUGUUUAAUGAGAUGCCUAGAAGAAAUGGGGUUGCUUGGAAUUCUAUGAUUCAUGGGUAUGCUCGAAAUGGGUUUGCAAGAGAAGCUGUUGGGUUGUUUAAGGAAUUGAAUUCGAAUCCUCUGGAAAAAUCAUGUGGUGAUACUUUCGUUUUGGCUAGUGUUAUUGGGGCUUGUGCUGAUUUGGGAGCUAUUGAAUAUGGGAAGCAAGUUCAUGCUCGGAUUUUAAUGGAUGAUGUGGAACUUGAUUCAGUGUUGAUUAGUUCAUUGAUUAAUUUGUAUGCAAAGUGUGGUCAUUUAGACACUGCAAAUUACGUUUUGAAAAUGAUGGAUGAGGUUGAUGACUUUUCUUUGUCUGCACUUAUCAUGGGCUAUGCGAAUUGUGGUAGAAUGAGUGAUGCUGUAAGAAUAUUUCGCACAAAAAGUAAUCCAUGUUUUGUGGUUUGGAAUUCUUUGAUUUCUGGAUAUGUUAACAAUCAUGAGGAAAUGAAGGCCUUUGCACUCGUUAAUGAGAUGAAGAAUAACAGAGUUCAGGUAGAUUCCUCCACGAUAACAGUUAUCUUGAGUGCCUGUAGCAGCACUGGAAAUGCUCAGUAUGCUAAACAAAUGCAUGGCUAUGUUUGUAAAGUUGGGCUUAUUGACAGUGUUAUUGUUGCUUCUGCUUUUAUUGAUGCGUAUUCCAAGUGUGGGAAUCCUAAUGAUGCGUGCAAAUUGUUCAGUGAGCUCAAAGCCUAUGACACAGUGUUGCUUAACUCUAUGAUCACAGCAUAUUGCAAUUGCGGUAGAAUCAGAGAUGCAAAAAAUAUAUUUGAGACAAUGCCUAGUAAAAGCUUGAUAUCAUGGAAUUCAAUUAUAGUGGGUCUUGCCCAAAAUGCUUAUCCACUUGAAGCAUUGGAUGUUUUUGGCAAAAUGAAUAAAUUGGAUCUGAGGAUGGACAGGUUUAGCCUUGCCAGUGUCAUCAGUGCUUGUGCUUGCAUCUCUUCACUUGAACUUGGCGAACAGGUUUUUGCAAGAGCAAUUAUCACUGGGCUUGAAUCUGAUCAGGCUGUUUCUACCUCUCUGGUUGAUUUUUAUUGCAAGUGUGGAUUUAUUGAAAAUGGGAGAAAAUUAUUUGAUUCAAUGAUCAAAACUGAUGAAGUCUCUUGGAAUUCCAUGCUGAUGGGGUAUGCCACAAAUGGUUAUGGGUUGGAAACACUAACACUGUUCAAUGAAAUGAAGCAAGCUGGUCUCAGACCAACUGAUAUUACAUUUACAGGGGUUUUAUCUGCCUGUGAUCAUUGUGGACUGGUUGAGGAAGGACGGAAAUGGUUUAAUAUAAUGAAAUACGAUUAUCAUAUUGAUCCAGGAAUCGAACAUUAUUCCUGCAUGGUCGAUCUUUUUGCUCGCGCCGGUUGCCUAAAGGAAGCAUUGAAUCUUGUUGAGCAUAUGCCUUUUGAGGCAGAUUGUAGCAUGUGGUCAUCUGUGUUAAGAGGUUGUGUUGCUCAUGGAGAUAAGGAUCUUGGUAAAAAGGUGGCACAACAGAUCAUUCAGCUUAAUCCUGAGAGCUCCAGUGCAUAUGUGCAAUUAUCUGGCAUAUUUGCUACCUCUGGGGACUGGGAAAGCUCAGCCCUGGUUAGAAAGAUAAUGACAGAGAAGCAAGUAAAAAAGCAUCCUGGUUUCAGCUGGGCUGAUUAAACAAGAUAUUCAGAAGGCCAGUAAUCAGGAGAUUGUCAUCUUCAUGAGGAGAUAUCAUGAUAUUCCUUACAUUUUCUGCAGACAAUAUUUUGGUUCAAUCACACUCAAUUAAUGGAUGAAUUCAAAGAAAAUAUAUCAUUUUGGGGUAGCCUUACUCUGCAUUUGUUACUUGAGCAUGCUAAGAUUCCUCGUCAAGUAAUACCAGGAAAUGUUGGCCUUAUGGUGCAGCCAUUCUGCUUCUUUUAUGUGCUUGGUCACUUCUGCUAUCUGGGCGAGGUAGGUAUCGGGUUCUUACAUGUUUUUGCAGCAUCCUCAAGGAGCAUGACCUCACGCAAUGGCAACAUGUUUUAUAGUUAGCUCAUAUGAUUAUAUCAACGAGUUUGAAACACAUUGAACAAGCCACCUUCUAAUGCAAAUGGCAUGUUUUCCAUUGGAUAUAGGCCUCUGUAUGCUAUAGGAAAAUUUAUUGGGAAGCUUUUGACAGUCGUGCCUCGAGUUCAGAACCUAAGAUGUCUUUCUUUCCUAGUCCUGUCUAUUACAGUAAUUAUACAUGGACUUGGCGAUGAGGAUGGGAGGAAAAGCCCUUCAAAGUAUGAGAAGAUGCAGAGAUUUGAUACAUGCAGGGUUACUAUUACAUGAUACACAAGGAAUGUGCAGUUACUGUUCAGGAAGCCCAAAGAUUCUUCCUGUAUAAAAGCUUAAGUAUGCUGUCUCCAGUAUUAUCUCAUAACAUCAUGAGAUAUGGCUAUGUAUAUCUCGAAAUCAUAUUAGAGAGUGUUGGCAAAAGAUUUGCUAGAAGUUCUUGCCUCGCCCUUUUUGUGUUUUUGGCAAGAAAAAGAACAUCCUAUCUUAACUGGUGCUUUACUUUUUUUAUU